ACGGCGGCACAUAACGUUAUGAGGCGCUGCGUGAAGACAAACACCGUCGCGUUGGAAUGAGCUGUAACGGGAAUCCCCUCCAAGCCCUCCUGUUCAGGCUCAGAUCGCUGAAAACGUGAAACGACAAAAGGCUGUAGCAUCUGUUGGAUAUCAGCUCUGCAGAGAUUUGGGGGGCGAAAAAAAGCAGAGGAUCAUCUCCUGCAGCUGCAGCUGCGUCUCCUUUCUCUGGCCUGGACAGCGCUCCCAUCUUAUACCGCGGACAUUUGUUAAUCACCGGGGCCGAGGAGACACUGACAGGGGCGUCAAAAACCGUCAGGGGGGAAAGGACCAAGAGAGGGAGCUCAAUAAGAGCAAGCGCCCAGAGACAGCGGGGUGGGUAGGAGAGGAUGGAGGCCCUGCUUCCUGUGCUGAAGAGUCACCCAGGCCCGUCAAUACUGGUGUGCUCUUUGAUUUUCAGGGUGGCCCACCGGCUGCUCCAAAGGCUGCCCGUGCCCAAGGUGGUGAAGCAGGAUGCCUUUCGCUCCUGGAAGUGGAAGAACCUCUCCGUCUCUAUGGUGCACUCCCUGCUGACUGGGAUUUGGGCCCUGACCUGUGUGGUGGUUUGGCCAGAGACGCUGAGCGACAUCCACUCGUACCACACCCCUCUGUCCUACCUGCUCGUCUGCGUCUCCACAGGUUACUUUGUGCACGAUGCAGGUGAUAUUAUUCUCUCGGGACAUGCAAGAGGAUCGUGGGAAUUUUUACUCCAUCAUGCACUGGUGAUUUGGUGUUUCCUGUACGCCCUCUACACUCAGCUAUAUGUAGCCGGCGCUGUAAUCGCCCUCUUUGUGGAGAUCAACAGUGUCACCCUGCACCUGAGGCUUAUGCUGAAGCUCGCCGGUGCUCAGUCUUCCUCCAUGUACCGCAUCAACAAGCUUGCCAACCUGUUCACCUACGUCAUGUUUCGUCUGAGCACCCAGUUCUACCUCACGUGGUUCAUCAUCCACAACUAUUCCUGGCUGGACCACGGUGGAUACUUUCUCGUCAGCAUGAUGGUGAUGAAUAUUAUGAUCCUGAUUUAUUUCUACCGCUUGCUCCGUGCGGACUUCUUCCCUCGGCGCUACGCAGGACAGAACGGGAUGCAUAAUAACAACACGAAAAAGUUCAUCAGUGAUUGACUGGGGAAUGGUUUACAAGUAUUUUAUAGUUUACAGGUUUUGUCAUUUUGUAACUGAUGCCAUUCCUUGUAACACCAGGUUUCCUUGUUGUGUCUCACUGCCAAAGAACAAACUGCCCCCAAAAUUCUUAAACUUAAGAAAUUUCUCAAACCCUCUGGAUUUUAUCACUAUUAGCAUAUUUAAAAUAGCUUCUUUGUAUCAUAACUUUUCAAGGAUAGAUUGACGUUUGACCCUUUGUGGUUUACCCUCCAAGAGUCUGGUGAAAAUAAAUCACGAAACCAGUGCUUUCAUACCUGUACAGUAAAAGUGAUGCUAUAGCUAGCAGCUGGUUAGCUUAGCCUAGCAUGGAACCAGAAGGAAACAGUUUGCCUGGCUCUGUCCAACAAACAAAAAUUAAAUCCUCCUAUAAAUCAGAAUUUAAAAAAAAAAUAAAUUAUUUUAGUCUGUACAGAUAAUGACAUUUAAUUUGAUUUACCUUAUUUAUAAUUUUAAUGUUACACUAAAUAACAAAUUUAGCUUACAGAUCUGAAUAAAUUUGUUUGUUUUUUAUGUUAAACCAUUGCUUUAAUGUUAAAGUCAUGUAAACAAGUCUGACAUUUUGAGUAAUAUAUUUUUAAUCAAAACUGAUAAAUCUGCCAAGCGGCCAUGAAACUUCAGCCAGCAGCAGAUAGCUUAAAUUAGCAUAGAGAUCAGAAAUGAUGGGAAAAAAGUUAUCCUGCAAAAGCACAACUUGCCGUUUUUACACUUGGAAUUUUACACAUUAAAUACACAAAUCUACUUGUUGGUGGGUUAUACAGGAGCUGCUUUAUUAGUUUUGUUCUUUGGCCAGUCAGUAUUAACUAGCUUUAUAAUUAGCUUAGACAUAAAAGUAAUAAUAACUUUUUUAAUGAAUUCAAGAUAAAACUAUCACUUGUAUGCUUCAGAUCUUUAAUAUUUAAAGCAAACUUUGUAGUCAACUUGAAAUAUUUUCAGGCAUUUAUUUAAAGAAGUCUUUCUGAAGAAUUGUUUAAAUUCUAAACAGCACCAUGAUAUAAAAACAUGCAUAGCAGCUGGUCCAGUCAAAAAAGAUAAAAAUUAUGCUGACUGUGCUCUAAAAUGAGGUUUUUUAAAGCUUAUUUGUUUCCCCAGUUAAAUAAAUUUCUACCACAAUCUUUGCUGUGGUAGAUUCAUAUAUUAAUUAAUUUUACAAAUGUCUGAGAAUAAAAUGAAGACAUGAGAAUAAAAUGAAGUCAGAGGUCAUCUUCACUACUGGAUAAUCUGCACUAACAUUUGUGUGGCUGUUAUUUAGCGCCAUAACUCAGAAGACUGUGACCAUUUUCCCCCACUAGCUGAUAAAGAAUUGGUUUUGCUAAUGUUUGGCACCUUCUUUGAAACUGUAGUCAUAUUUGAAAUACUGUCAUGCCUACAAUGUUGGGUUCUAUUAGAAUUACCUUUUAAGCUGUGCUUUUAAAAACCUGCCCAGUAAGACCUGGAUGGUAUUUGUUUUGGCCAUGGAUGAGUGGUUUUCUCACAGCUUCAGCUUGGGGGAUGCAUAUGUAGACGGUGCCCUUGUAGUAUAGUGUCUUUGCAGUGAAGUCCUUGUGGUCAUAGCCAAUUGGAGGCAUCUAUGCCACAUCAUGUGAUCCCUGUGACGACCAAAUACGUGUCACUCAAAUAAAAGCAGAUCCUCGUGCACUGACAGUUGCAUAAAGUUCAACACCAGGUUGAGCUGGCCUGCUGGAGGAUGUAGCUUAGCAAGAUACAAGAGUGGUGUUGAUCUUCUCUUUUAACUCUUGACACAUUUUUCACAAGAAUGUCCUUUGACAAAUAAAAACGGGAAAUUGUAUUUUGCAGUUGCUAACAUUCUUAGCAACAACCUUGCUCUGUGUUGUCAUAUGUUUGAGAUUUGCAUGGGUAGCAGUGUUGUUUUUUUGUUUUUUUUUUAAUGUAGGGAACAUUAAAUCUCGAUCAGUUUUCCUCUUGCUAGUGGGAAAUUAAUGAUCUUGGACUUUGAAUUUUAGCAGAUUUGAAUAAUAUGUGUAAAUACAGCAGACCUCUCGCUCUGUCUUUAUGAGGCCAUCAGUGGCUGAAGAGAUGCUAGACUGUGAAAAGACAAGUGUAUAAAACACAGUGUUGUCAAACUGAAGUGGUAAUACACAACAACGUGGGAUAAUUUAUGGUACUCUUGUGGUUCUUGUAUGAAAUCUGUUUGUAUAUGACUCAAGUGAAGCUGGAUCUUCCUUCUAACAGUUGCUCAUCAGGAACUGAGGAAGGCUCCGUGGUGAGCAGGCAGCAGCACAAUCACAGACAGAUGUAUCUUAUUGCUUGUUUGCAAAAUAAUACUUUUACAGAAAAGAUCCCCUUUUAAAGACUUAGAAACAGAAGAUGUGUUUUCUCUUCCUCUAUGUUCCUAACUAUAUAUAUGUAUAUAUACAUAUAUAUGUGUGUGUGUGUGUGUGUAUAGCACUUUGUAUAUACUGUUCUUCAGUGUGCAUUCCCUUUUGAUAUAUUUUAAAAGAAGUAUCCAUAGUUGUUGACCAUUAGUGGAUGUGGAAAUGCUCAUUUUCUAAUAAUGUCAUCAAUUGUAAGUGCUGAAAGUGACAUUUGAAAGCCUAACAAUAAUUACAUUUCAUUUUCUAUUUCAACUGAUGCCAAGAAAGUCCAAACAGACGUGGACAGAGUGUCUGAGCUGUGCUACAGUGCCUUUGCCACCGUGCCUUUACAAAACUAAGCAGAGAGAGGGUGUGAAUAAGGAAGUAUAGAUAUACUGCAGAGUGGUACAUAGUAUAGAGACAAGCAUACAGAAAAUCCAUGUCACCAUGACCACAAUAAUGUAAAUUAUAUCUUGUAUUUAAGCAACAAUUUUUUUUGUUGUUGUUUUUUUUAGGAGCUCUGUAUUUUGGAUUGUUGAGUGAUACCAUGAAA